UUCAGUGGGCAGGCCGCACCGUGGGGCUGAUCUGUCGUCAAUACAUUGGAAAAAAAAAACGGGUGUGAAUUGAUUUUACUUCUUAUUCCUAAAGAAAUAUGGCAGAUAACUUUAAAUCAAAUACAGGAAAAAUGAAUGCAGACUCAUCAAAUGGCUGUGGAGAUCAUUGCGAUGGACACCACCAUUCUAACGAGGGUGGUGUGAAGUUGAAAGACAAAAAGAAAAAAGGGAAAAAUAUUAAAAACCAUUUAUCCAAAGACGAUGGAGAAGAAAUGAUGUUGCCACCUGCUAAUCUUCAAGACUUGAAAAAAGCCAUGGAGUUGCUUUCGUUGACUCACAGUCAAGGUGCUGUUAAAACGACUGAAGAUGCUAUGGCUAAGCAGUAUGAAUUCUGGAGCACUCAACCUGUUCCGAAAAUAAAUGAAGAUAUUACUGCCAAUGAACCUAUUGAACAGGACACACCUGCAUCAGAGAUUCGUCCUGAACCAUAUACUUUACCUCAGGGUUUUGUUUGGGAUACUUUGUCAUUAGACAAUCCGCAGACAUUGCAAGAGCUGUAUCAGCUUCUCAACGAAAAUUAUGUAGAAGAUGACGACAAUAUGUUUCGAUUUGAUUAUUCGGCUGAUUUUCUCUUAUGGGCUUUGAAACCCCCUGGUUGGCACAAGGAUUGGCACUGUGGCGUACGUGCAGAGAAAUCGGGAAAGCUUUUAGGCUUCAUAUCUGCGAUCCCAGCCACCAUUCGAAUAUAUAACCAUACCCAGAAGAUGGUGGAGAUUAACUUUUUGUGCGUCCACAAGAAGCUGCGCUCGAAACGAGUGGCACCCGUAUUGAUUCGUGAGAUUACUCGACGCGUCCAUCUAAAAGGAAUUUUUCAAGCCGUUUACACGGCCGGCGUUGUAUUGCCUAAGCCGGUCAGCACUUGCAGAUACUGGCACCGUUCGCUAAACCCCAAGAAGCUGAUAGAUGUCAAGUUUUCGCAUCUGGCGCGCAACAUGACAAUGCAGCGAACACUGAAGCUCUACCGCUUGCCGGAGGAAACCAAAACUCCCGGUUUCCGCACCUUGGAACUCAAGGACAUAGAGCAAGCAUAUCGAUUGCUCAACACGUAUUUGAACAAGUUCCACUUGGCACCGUGUUUCGACGAGGAGGAUUUCCGCCACUGGUUCUUUCCGCGCCCCGGCAUCGUCGAUUGUUAUGUCGUGGAGAAGGACGGCGUCAUCACUGACAUGGUGAGCUACUACACUCUGCCGUCGACGGUGAUGCACCAUCCUGUCCACAAGUCCCUGAAAGCGGCUUACUCGUUCUACAACGCGUCGACGACGACACCGUGGAACCAGCUGAUGGGCGACGCUCUGGUCACGGCCAAGAAUGCCGGUUUCGACGUUUUCAACGCUCUCGAUUUGAUGGAGAACAAGACUUUUUUGGAGCCGCUCAAGUUCGGCAUCGGCGACGGUAAUCUUCACUAUUAUCUGUACAACUGGCGCUGCCCGGACAUGCCCUCCUCUUCGGUCGGCCUGGUCCUCCAGUAACGAACAAUUUGACAGGUAGUUGGGGAGGGCACGGGAUGACCGAAUAAUCUGUCGGUAAAAAAAAAAUUAUUAUUAUUUUUGAUUUUUUUUUUUUUGAGAAUAUUUGAAAUAGAAGGAACCCCCAUUUUCUUUUUCCGUUUAUAUGUUUGUGUGUGAUUAUGAGCGCUUGUCUCUUCCUGUCGACCCAGAGGUUAUUUCCCCUUUUGUUGAAAAAAACAAAUCAU